AAGACGCAUGCAAUUUGGUUUCUUAUUUAUUUUCCAACUGAUAUCGGGCUUUGUGUUGUUUCUAAUUGUGAUUCACUAUAUUUAUUAUAUAAUAAAUGCGGUUACCGGCGGAAAAACAACAUCGAAUCAGAAUCAAAUUGGAGUUUUAACAACCAGUACAACUCAAGCUCAGUUAGCAGUCGCAGCUGAAGUCGCAGUCGCAGUCACCGACGCAACAGCAGACAAAACAAACGCGCUUAGAACAAAAACUACAUCAGCUGCGCUAAUUAGAUAUUUAAAAACUUCAACAACAGCAGCUAUGCAAACAAACGAUGAUGCAAAGUUUAUUAAAAAACGCUGGAAAGGGGGCAGCAUUGAGCCGCAUCCCACGGACAAGGCAUUGAUAGUCAACUAUCAGCUGGAGGCAACAGUGUUUGGAGAACCUAACAAUCCCAUGAUUGAGGAGAAAAAGCAUUGUCAGAAAAUUAUACGAUUACGCUCGCUUAACGCCAGAACGGAUCCGGCGGCACUAGCGCGUGAAGUUGUCGAUAAAUGUGAUCUCAUACACAAAUCGCAGCUGAAUGAUGUAGAGCAAAUAAUAUUCUAUCUGAAGAAUCGCAAGGAUAAUGCCAGCAAUGAUGUAGCUGAUAAUGCGCAUACGCAGACGCGUCGCUCGGCUGCUUUGCAUAGUUCACAUACGCGCUCGGCGCGUUCGCACAGUGGUGUGGCUGCUUUGUCUGCCAGCACAGUGGGUCAGGUGACGGGUGCGGUGUGCGCAGCUACGCCCACUGCCGCUGAUGUUUCCAUCAAUAACAUCGAUGAAUAUGUCGAGCUGCUCUACGAGGAGCUAAGCGAACGCAUACGUGGCUCUGCUAUGAUAUUGCAAAUAGCACGCAAUCCUGAUAAUCUCGAGGAGCUGGAGAAAAAUGAAGCUUGCCUUAGCGCCUUGUCGCGCGUUUUACGCGAGGAUUGGCGCAAAAGCUUGGAUCUGUCCACCAACAUUAUUUAUAUAUUCUUUUGUUUCUCCACCUACACCAAGUUUCAUCCACUUAUUGUGCAAUAUAAGAUUGGCUCGCUUUGCAUGGACGUCAUCGACUAUGAGCUGCGUCGCUAUGAAACCAUGCGCAAUGAACUCGAUGUACGCAAGCAGCCCACAAAUGGUUCCACUCCGAUCUCGGCCAAGGCGAGCAAGGAGAAGCUUAAUCGCAGCACCGACGAUUUUCUCGACAUUAUGAACGAGGAGAAACCCAAAGAUAUGGAGCCACCGCGUCGUCGCAUACCGGAGCUGAAGCAGCGUCCCAAGUCGGGCAACUGGAGCAGCUUUCAUGGCACCAUGUCCUCGUCAUUGAUUAAGAGUCAAAUACUGAACAGCAGCUACCAUGAGGCGCUGUCGGCUGCAAAUGCAAAUUCAAAUGUUGCCGAGCCAGCUGCAGCGGAGUCAAAGGCACAAAGUAACGAGUCAUUGGAUCACAAUGAUCCCAAGGUGAAAAAGGAGGAAAUCGAUCGCCUGAACAAGCAGCUAAAGAUAUUCGCCAAGAAGCAGGAGCAGCUGCUGCGCGUUGCAUUCUAUUUGCUGCUCAAUAUGGCAGAGAAUGUAAAGCUGGAGGAGAAGAUGCGACGCAAGAAUAUUGUCAAGAUGCUGGCCAAGGCGCUGGAUCGUCAGAACAUCGAUCUGCUUAUGCUAGUGAGCACAUUUCUGAAGAAGCUAAGCAUAGUGGGCGUAAACAAGGACGAAAUGUGCGCAUUGAAUAUUGUGGCCAAGCUGCCGCGUUUAUUUCAAAAUGCGCACACAGAUCUGGUGCAGGUGACACUGAAGUUGGUGUUUAAUUUAUCCUUUGAUGCAGCGCUGCGACGCAAGAUGAUUGCCGCCGGCUACUUGCCCAUGCUGGUGAUGUUCAUCAACGAUGAGAAGCAUCAUGGCAUAGCGGUGAAGAUAUUGUAUCACAUGAGUCUGGACGAUAAGGUGAAGCCGCUGUUUAGCCACACGGAAUGCGUGCAAAUGGCCACAGAUGCCAUCAUAUUGAAUCUGAAUGUGAAGGUGGAUCUCGAUUUGAUUGCGUUGUGCAUAAAUCUUUCGCUGCAGCGUCGCAAUGCGCAGAUUAUGGUCGAGGGACAGCGGCUGCAUAGUCUCAUGGAUCGUGCCUUUAAGUAUCAGGAUGCGCUGCUGAUGAAGCUGCUGCGUAAUUUAUCGCAGCAUGAAUCGCUGCAGCUGCUGUUCAUCGACUAUGUGGGCGAUCUGGCGCGCAUCUUAACCAUCUGCGACGACGAGAGCUUCAUUGUCGAAUGUUUGGGUAUUUUGGGGAAUCUGGCGCUCACCGAUUUGGAUUAUUCGCAAAUACUGCAGAACUUCCAGCUGAUACCUUGGAUACGCCAGCUGCUGGUGCCUUGCUCACGCCUGGACGAUCUCGUGCUGGACACCAUUGUCUAUUUGGGCACCUGUGCCUGCGACGAGCUUUGCGCGCUGCUCUUUUGCCGCGCCAAAGUGGUGCUCUCGUUGAUUGAGCUGCUGAAGGCCAAGCAGGAGGACGACGAGAUUGUGCUGCAGAUCAUCUAUGUAUUCCAACAGAUUCUGCGGCACGAGAGCACGCGCGAGUAUAUGAUUAAGGAGACCGAAUCGCCAGCCUACCUCAUUGAUCUCAUGCACGACAAGAACGAGGAAAUACGCAAAGUGUGCGACUAUUGUCUGGAUAUUAUUGCCAUAAGCGAUAGCGAGUGGGCCAAGCGCAUAAAGCUGGAGAAAUUUCGCAAUCACAACUCGCAGUGGCUUUGCAUGGUGGAAUCGCAGCAGGAUCAUGACAAUGAGCAGGACUAUGUGGACAACAAUGACGAUGACAAUGAUCUGGAUACAUAUUUGCGCUCUGAAUAUUUGGACAACUGCGAGCUCUACAAUAGCUCCAACAUUAAUAACGAGCCCGACAACGACAGCAACAGCAACAAUAGCAACAAUCCGGCUAGUCCAGCCUACAGCAGACCUGUCAGCACCUACCGACGCAGUCAGGAUCUGGAUGAGCUUUAUAACAUGACAUCGAGUUCGAAGUCGCAGGGCUCCAGUCAAGGCGGCAACGAAAGCAGCAACUAUAUGUUCAAAUCGAAUAAAUCACUCGAUGCCGAAGCCAUGCACGAGGAUCUGCUCUUGGCAUAACGCUAGUCUAGCCAUCAAUAUACACAACAUAAAACAAUUAACUGCAAUUCUGAUAUUUAAUGCCUGUGGAGCUGCAGAUUUUAAUGCUUGUUAGUCAAAAAUACGUUAGUUAUGUCAAGUUUGUACUCAAGACAUUCAUCACACACACACACACACACACACACAUGCACACACACACACUCAAACGUAAGUUGUUAAUUUAUUUAUUUUUAAUACUUUUUUUGUUGUUUAAGCUUAGUUUAGUCUUUGCUUUAGUUGUGCAAUAUUCGCAAGUAUUCUCGUAUUAUUUUGUUUUAAUUUUAUAACUUACACAUACAAAUACAUAAAGAAUAUAAAGCAACUGCAAAUGUUUUAAUAUCAAAAUAAAAUGUGCAUUUUCAACUAGCGAAUUUCGAGUAUGGAAUUCAAAGUACGAAAUCGCAAACAAGCGCG